AUGAAGGCGCAGACACCUGGGGAGUCACUUCCGGUCACUGUCGAGCGCCAGCAGCAGCCAGAGCCUGAACAACUGCAGCAGCAGCACAAGCCGCAGCAGCAGCACAAGCCCCAGGAGGAGCAGCAGCAGCCUCCCCUUCUGCCCCUGCAGGCUUACAGGCCUUUCCAGCGCAGAGCACCCCCAGUUGGGACUUCCCCCCUGCGGCUUCGCAGGCUCAGCUCUCACCCCCGCCAAGUGGGCGUAAGCUGGAAGGAACUCGCAGAGGCCCGUGUGUGUGGGUCUCAGCUGGAAGGGGCGCCUGCGGAGGUGACCAGUGGCCCAUCCAGCGCAGCAGCAAGCAGCUCCGUGCACAGCAAAAUGCCUGUGCAUGCGCGGGUGGCGGUGGCGGAGUCGCAGGGAUUCUUGCGAGCCAAAGUGGCUGCCAAGGAGCAGCUCUGUUCGCAAGUCAUUGGCGAAAACCAGCAGCUCAUCAGAGAGCUCGAGGAGACCAAAGCGAGACACAGACAAACUGUAGAGCGACUUAAAGCGGAGGCGGCUGCUGUGGUGCAGCAGCUGCUGGCAGAUACUGCAGUCUACCGCGACACCCACGACAACCUCGUGCGGAAGCUGCAAAUUCAAGAACGUCAAGUGGCCACAGAAGCUUUGCUGGCUCGGCAGGCGGAGCGGCGGUGGGAGGAGUCUGAGGAAAAGUUGCAAGUGCUGAAGAGGUUUGUGUCGGGUCUUCAAGAAAAACAAAAGACUCUCGAGGAAGAGGCCCACGCCUUCACCACCGCCUUCCGCUCCCUCAAGGCUGCAGUCAAAAGUUUUGCUGCUACCAUUGCAGCUUGCAAUCUCGUGCUCUCUGAAACGGAGGCGACACUUUUAGAGAAAGGCUUCGUCAAGGAAGUCAGCUCCCAAGGCAUUUUGCAGGCGAGGCUCAAGAGCAUCAACGCCACGCGGGAGCCCACCUCGAUGGUCCCGGCCGUGGAGGUUUCGCGUCUGCAGCGAGAAAGGAAAAUGUGGGAGAAUAAAUUUGUGAGAGUAGAGAAGGAACUUCGGACAGUGGCGAAACAACUGGAAGAGACCAAAAAAGAAAAUGCCCGCAAAGCGGACGUCUUGCUGAAGCUUCGCCUCAAAGACCAUCGCCUCAAAGUGCAGGAAGCUGAUUUUGCUGCGGCUAAGGCAAAGGCCCAUGAGCUGCAGCUGCAGAUGGAGAAGCUUCGCAAAGAGAGAGAUGAUCUCGCUGCCUGGAAAGCAUCUCACCCUGUCUACAAAGGCUACCGGUGGGACUCUUCGGCUGAGGGUCGGUCUCGUUCAGCCAGCCGGGGCGGCCGUGCUGCUGCGCAGCCUGCAGCAGGUGCAGCAGCUGCAACUGCUGCAGCUGCUGCAGCAGCCGCUAAAAAGAAGAGUUCGGGGAAAGUGGCAGCAGCACUGCAGCCGCCAGACACUCACGAGGCCCCACCUUCUUCGCCUAGGGAUCGGGCUGUCUUGGGCCGUUCUGCUUCUCGGCUUUCUCUGGCCAGCAGCCGCAGAGUUUCUUCUGUGGCUUCUGCUGCUGCUCCAGGGGAGCAGGGAGCAGCAAAAGCGCGGAAGUCGCAAAGUCCCAGCGCGCCGGAGCUGCAGAGGGCUCGCGACUCCUUCGUCUCAGCAGCAGCUGCUGCUGCUGCAGGACUUGCUGCUCCUCUCAUGGCCCCAAAGUCCGCCAGUGCCCCCACUCUCCCUUCGACCCAAGAGCUGCACAGGCCCUCUUCCAUUUCCCGCGGGACUUCGCGGCAGUCUCUGCAAGAUUCUGAAAUGAAGCCCCCCGAGGGCCCCCUUGGGGGCCCCCGCGGGGGCCCCCAUCGCCACCAGCUCACCUUGACUUUGCCAGCGAGCCCCCGGUCUGUGGUGACCCCGGUGUUCUCCAGGCCAGCAGCAGCAGAAACAGAAGCAGCAGCAGCAGCAGAGACGGCUAAGAGGGCCCCCAGCGCUGCUGAUGGGGUGUCUGUACAGGGCAAGGGCAAUGCUGAUGUGGACCGGCUUUCUGCCUUUUUCAGCAGCGCCUUCAUAAAGGCAGCAGAGAAGGAGAAAAAGUCGACGCUGCAGCACGCGCAGAAAGAACACACCGGCGAGCCUGCAGCAGCAGCAGCAGCAGCAGAAGCCGGCACGAGGCGAAGUGCCUCCAGAGCCUCCCUGCGGUCUGGCCGCAGAAUCCACAUUGAGCUACAAGACGCUGCAGACGCAGCAGCGGCAAAAAGCAGCAAAGUUUAUGAAGAAGAGGAGCAGCAGCCCCUGAGCCCCAAAAGCCAAAUAGCCCGGGCCCAGGCAAUUGCCUUCAUGGAGGGCAGCGCCCCCAGCAGCAGCCACCGUAGCAACAGAGCCCCUUUUGGGGAUUCCAGGUUGUCAAGAAUAGAUUCUUUUGGUUCCGUCGCAACUGUCAGGACCCUGAGAAGCCCCAGUCCAGCUGCAGCAGCAGCAGCAGCAGCAGCAGCGGCGGUGGCGGCGCCCGCAGCCACGUCACCCAGAGCAGCAGCAGCAGCAGCAGCACUCGGAGACGCUGCUGAAAGAGCUGCAGCUGCAACACAGGAAAAUCGGGUACUGCAUAAGGGGCCUCCUCCCCAACCUCCGCCUUCCUUACCGCAAGCAGCGCCAGAAGCUGCAGCACUCAAAGCAGCAGCACCAGCAACGCCAGCAGCAGCAAAGCCAGCAGCAGCAGCAGCAGCAGCAGCAGAUGAAGAAGGCGUGACGCCGGCCUUCCGAACCCGCCGCGAUUUGGCGGGGGAAAGGGGAGAACAAAGUGGAGCCUCUCGGGAGAUGGCGCAGAGCAGGUCGAGGGUAGCAGAGCCAAAAGAGAGCAGCAGCAGCAGCAGCAGCAGCUCAGCAGCAGCGCCAGCAGCUGGUCCCACAGCAGCAGCCCCUGCGGAGCCAGUGAGGCCCAAGGGCCUUGAGAGCAGCCACGAAGGAGAAAAGGCGAAGUCCAAGUCGCCGCCCGCGGCCCUCAGCAGCAAAGGUGCAGCAAAAGCAGCAGCAAAAACGCCAGCUCAGGGGCCCCAGGAAUCAGAAGUUGAGGGACUUCUGCGAAAGUAUUUGGGGGACAAACCAGAAGCUGUGGAGGGCCCCGUAGUCACGGUGACUGCACACAAAGGGAGUGCGCGGCCAUUGGGGGUCGCCGCAGAAACAGCAGCAGCAGCAGCAGCAGCAGCACAGGCCUCUCGGGAGCACAGCGAUGCCUGGGCAGAAGAGGGGCCUCGUGCGCGGGGGACAGAAAUGAGAGAAAAGAAAACGGGAGAAGGGGGGGGCCCACAAGGGGCACCCUUGCCUUCCACGCAGCCCAAGGCAGCUAGAGUUAGGGCGGAGUGGGAAAGCGCAGUUGAGUUUGAGAAAAGAAAUGCAGCAGCAGCAGCAGCAGCUUUACAUGCAGAAGAAAACCCUGAAGAGAUGCAACAGCCCAUCAUUAGGCUCGGCACUAGGGCCGGGGCUUCAGGGGGCCCCUCUCGCAUCAUUGCUGGGGUCUUGAAGGCCCCACCUAAGCUAAUGAACAAGUCUGGCCCCACAGCCCCCCCACGGUCGCAGCUGCAUGCAGCAGCAGCUGCUCCGCAGCAGCCUGCAGCAGCAGCAGCAGCAGCAGGUGCUGCGUCUCCAGGCCCUUCUGCAGCAGACCGAGCAGCAGGCGCUACACGCGCGGCUGAGAGCGGGAGCCGCAGCAGGCCGCAGAUAGUGCCCCCCCUUGAUGCUGCAGCAGCUGCAGCAGCAGCAGGCGCAGCAGCAGCAGCUGCUGCAAAGCCUGACGAGCUUUUGCCCGCCGAGUCCAGCGAGGGUCUCUUGAAGGUCCCUGACGAGCAGCCGCAAGGGCCACACAGCAGCGAAACGCAUGCAGGGGGGCCCCCCGGGGGGGCCCCCCAUGCAUCUAGUGGGAGCCACCAAAGGAAACGCCUCUCCGCUGGAGACGCCACUGCUGGGAGUUGGGCAAUGGCAACUCCAAAGAUAAACAUCAGUGCCUUAAAAACCCCGAAUUCGUCUUCGACAAAUUUGCCAACUUCUCUUACUUAA